AUGGCCUCACAGUUUGCUAUGCAGCCGUUUUACAGAUCCACGCCUCUGACAGUGGAUACCCACCACGCACAACAGAAGUAUUUUGAAGAAGAGGACAAGAGCGGUGUAUUAGACGACGGGCUUAUUGAGCACAGCACUGUUGACUCCGGCCUGGAAUUGUCACCACCAAUGGCCAACAGCCGAAGAGAGUCCUUCGCUGUUGGUAGCACGCUCUUCUCCCCCAAGACGGAAGAUUGGCAGUCUGUAGAUAUGCAGUCGGUGCCAUCCAACCCUUUCCCGGACCAGAACGGUGGAAACAGUGUGAACGGCCCUCCCAACCCUUUCAUACAUCCACAGGGCCAAGUUUUUUCUCAACACGGCACUCAGUGGAGUAUGAGUAAUAACUCGGGGCCUGAAAACUCCAUGCAGCAGUUCAACAAUGUCUCUACUGCAUUCGAUUCUAGCAACUCUGUCUUCCAGCGACCUACGCAAAACCAUAAUCCCUUCCACAGUACUGGCAACAUGUUCGCAUCGCUUCACCAAGGGGACCAGUCUAUUCCAACCUCUCCACAGAAGGAAUGGAUGGUUCCCGCGCAGACAAUGAAUAAGAAAAUGCAACCUGGGAGCCCUAUAAUUCGGUCACAUAACGAUCUGAGACGAGGAGAUGGUAUCCGCAAGAAGAAUGCCCGCUUUGACAUUCCGGCUGAACGUAACCUGAGCAAUAUCGAUUCCCUUAUUUCCCAGUCAACCGAUGAACAAGAGAUCAAGGAGCUGAAGCAGCAAAAACGCCUGCUGAGAAAUCGCCAAGCAGCCCUCGACUCAAGACAGCGGAAGAAGCAGCACACUGAGCGACUGGAAGAUGAGAAGAAGCACUACACUGCACUCAUCACCGACAUGGAGGAGGAUAUAUCGGCUUUGAAAGAAAAGUGUGAGGGACUCAUGCAAGAGAAGCAAGAUCUCAUGAGCUUUGUUGAAGGGCUACGCCUUGAGAAGGACGAAAUGAUUCGUGCACACACUCUCGAGACUGGCGAACUACGAAAAAAGGUCAACGUCCUCACAGAACACGUCCAGAGGCUAGAAAGCCAAUCCCUGGCUACUUCAGGCCCUGGCGUAAACGGUGGCAUCCCCGAUAACUUUGGCAUGGAAGGGAUAGGCAUGCCGGGGGCUUGGGACAACCCGAACUUCCUCAAUGACUAUUCCACUGAACCAUUACAUGUUAGACCGCACGUCUCGCUUGCACCAACCAAGAAAAACGACAGUGCCAUCAUGCCCCUUGAGAGUGAGAAAGGUGCCUCUCAGGGAGGUUUACUGUUCAUGCUCUUCCUCGUCGGCGCAUUUGUCAUGUCCAGCCGGUCCAUGCCGACCAUCCCUCGCGUAUCUGAAGAUGUUCGCGCAGCGUCAGCAACUCUCCUUGACAAUGUCCUCAAGGAUGCUGGAAUCAACUCGGGAUCAGCGGGAAUGCCAGCCAUUGCCCCCCAACCAUCUGGUGCGAGUUGGGCUCAUCCCCAUGUCACUGACACAGGCAUGGGCGACAUAAGCAUGGAAGGCACCGCCCCAUCGAUGCUUGAAGAGCUGGGCGAUUCGUUGACACAACCAACACAGGAUCAGAUGAACGAACAGAUAUUUUCCCUCUCAGCAGCACAAUAUGACGGCGUAAGCAAUCAAGAAUUUCUACAACACGCCCCAGAAAGAUCUACCAGCCAGGGUCGCAAGAACCUCGCGGAUGCCCUGGCUGCAAUGCGUGCGGCCAACAAACAAGGCGGUGCUGCUGACGUAUACACACGCUCACUUCUCUGGGAUCAAAUCCCCAGCGACGUUGUUCGAAACUUUGCUAAAAUGGUCGCGGAGAGCAGCCAUGCAACGAACCGCAAUGAUUACGACAUGAAAUGA